AUGUCCAAUAGCCAAAUCCUUAAACUUUUCGUUCUUCAGUCCCUAUUCACACUUCUAUGUCUUCCUCGUUUAGGAUUUUGUGCAGAAACAGACACUAUUACGAGAAAUCUUGUCCUAAAAGACCCCGACACCAUAUCAUCAAGAGACAACGUCUUCAAAUUGGGUUUUUUCUCCCCUGAUAAUGCCACCAAGAACCGCUACUUGGGUGUAUUUUACAGCGUUUCUGAAUCAACAGUGAUAUGGGUUGCCAACAGGGACAAGCCUAUUCCAGGUUCUUCCGGCAGUAUAACGAUAUCCCGAGAUGGGAAUAUAGUACUAACGAAUGGAGAAAGUGAGAUUGUUUGGUCAUCAAAUGUUACAACCUCUUCGGUUAAUGCAAGUGCCCAGCUUUUGAGCACUGGAAAUCUUGUUCUGCUAGAUAAGUCGAGUAGGCGUACGUUGUGGGAAAGUUUUGAACAUCCGUCCAAUACUUUUUUGCCUCACUUGAGGUUAGUUCACAACAUAAAUACAGGUAAUAAGGUGGUCCUGUCGUCCUGGAAAACCCCGACGGAUCCAGAAGUUGGAAAUUUCUCAGUGGGUCUCCAGGCUCUGAAUAUUCCUCAAAUCUAUACCUGGAAUGGGAAUCGUCCACACUGGCGAAGUGGUCCAUGGAAUGGGCAGAUUCUAAUUGGUGUACAAGAUAUGUAUUCUGUAUACAAUGAUGAAUUCACUGUGGGAAAUGAUCUUCCAGGAACUUACUAUUUCACUGCGCCAGAGGGGAAAUUCUUGAUGAGAUUUACUUUGAAUUCAGCGGGGAGUUUGGUUCAAACGCUGUGGAAUGAUAAGAUAAAGCAUUGGGAUGAGACAUGGUCGGCUCCUCAACAAGAAUGUGAUGUUUAUGGGACUUGCGGGCCAUUUGGGAGUUGUAAUGCUCUGAGUUCGCCUAUUUGUUCUUGUCUGAGUGGGUUUGAACCAAAGAAUUCAGAGGAAUGGGGAAGAGGAAACUGGGCUGGCGGAUGUAUCCGAAGGAAACCAUUGCUUUGUGAUCGAAAUAAUAAUACGAGCAGCGGUGGCAAAGAAGACGGAUUCUUGAGGCUCCGAUUUAUGAAAGUGCCGGAUUUUGCUGAACAGGGACCCUCUAGGACGGUAGAGGAAUGUAGAAGUCUCUGCUCGCUGAAUUGUUCGUGCAUAGCCUAUGCACACGACACAUAUAUUGGUUGUAUGUUCUGGAGCCAAGAAUUGAUAGACAUUCAGCAAUUCUCUGACGUUGGUGUUGAUCUUUACAUUCGUCUAGCUUCUUCGGAACUAGAUGGGCACAAAGACAAAAUGCUGAUUAUUAUCAUUCCAAUAGUUGCGGGUUUGGUUGCCAUUUUGAUUUGUAUAUUCAUUUAUCGGUGGUUGAUGGCUAGGCGAAAAGGAGCAAAAGGAAAAGUAGAUGCGAAGUUGUAUGAAGCUGGGCAAACAUAUCCAUCAGAUUCGGCCGAAGUAGUGCUUCAAGAUGAUAUGGAUAAAGUUAAUCUUGAAGAGAUGCCAUUAUUCACCUUUGAGACACUUGCAAUUGCCACAGACCAAUUCCAUGAUGACAAUAUGCUUGGCAAGGGUGGUUUUGGACCUGUUUACAAGGGUAAAUUGGCAGAUGGACAAGAAAUUGCAGUAAAGAGGCUUUCAGCAGCAUCUGGACAAGGAAUGGAAGAAUUUUUGAAUGAAGUGGAUGUGAUUUCCAAACUCCAACAUCGAAAUCUUGUUAAAUUACUAGGAUGUUGUGUCGAGAAAGAAGAGAAAAUUCUCGUUUAUGAAUACAUGCCUAAUAAAAGCUUAGAUGUGCUUCUGUUUGAUCCUUCACAUCCAUCACAGAAGAUUCUCGAUUGGAAGAAACGUUUUAGUAUCGUCGAAGAUUUUGGAAUGGCAAGAAUAUUUGGGGGCCACCAAGAUCAAGCCAACACUGGAAGAGUCGUAGGAACUUAUGGAUACAUGGCACCAGAAUAUGCAAUGGAAGGAAGAUUUUCUGAAAAAUCUGACGUCUAUAGUUUUGGUGUUCUGUUGUUAGAAAUUGUGAGUGGGAAAAAGAACACCAACUUCUACAAUCAUGAAUGGUCGUUAAGCCUUUUGGGAUGUGCAUGGAAAUUAUGGAAUGAAGACAAUGGUUCAGCCUUCAUAGAUGAAACGAUAUACAAAGUCGAAUUCCAGGGAGAGAUGGUGAGGUGCAUUCACAUUGCACUAUUGUGUGUGCAAGAAUUCCCUAAUAACCGGCCAACAAUUUCGACUAUUCUUGCAAUGCUCAGUCGGGAAAUUGUAAAUUUGCCUGUGCCGGAGCAACCAGUUUUUGCUGAGAAGUGGAACCGUUCUCAUGUCACCUCUUCCCAAAUGGGAGUUUCCAUUAACAAUGUCACUCUUACAACGCUUGGUGGACGAUGA